GAGAUCCCUUCCUUGUGGAGUCUUUCCUGUGAGCCUUGAUCUUUGGGUACAGGAAAAUGGAGGCCACUGCCCCAGUGUGACCUGUAUCUACAGUACAAUAUAAUACAGACCACCAUCGCACUCUCUGACACCUCCCAGUAUGGAUGGUUUGAUUGAGCAGAACAAUGUGCUCAUGCACAAUAAGAUUGCUGAGGCUGGGAAAAGGAAUGGUUUAAUUAAUACAAGGAACUUAGUAGCAGAGAGCCGAGAUGGUCUGGUGUCAGUGUACCCAACCCCACAAUAUCAGAGCCACCGGGCGGGGAGUUCCCCGAGCUGCCUGGAGAAUGGCAGGAAUGACCCCGUGCAGCAGCUCCUGGAUCCCAACAUGCUGCAGCAGACCGUGGAGUCCCAUUACCGUCCCAACAUCAUCCUCUACUCGGAGAACGUGCUGCGCUCGUGGGGUGAGAGCAUCAACUCAGAGUGCUGUGAAACCACAUUCAUUGAGGACCGCUCCCCUACCAAGGACAGCCUGGAGUACCCAGACAGCAAAUUCAUCGAUCUCUCAGCAGAUGACAUCAAGAUUCACACCCUCUCCUAUGAUGUGGAGGAGGAGGAGGAUUUCCAGGAGUUAGAGAGUGACUACUCGAGUGACACUGAAAGUGAAGACAAUUUCCUAAUGAUGCCACCAAGAGAUCAUCUCGGCCUCACUGUGUUCUCCAUGCUCUGCUGCUUCUGGCCAUUGGGAAUUGCUGCCUUUUACCUGUCUCAUGAGACAAACAAAGCUGUAGCCAAGGGAGACUUCCACCACGCAAGCUCCAGCUCCCGGCGAGCACUCUUCCUUGCUGUGCUGUCCAUCACAAUUGGAACUGGCAUCUAUGUUGGGGUGGCUGUGGCUCUUAUUGCCUAUCUAUCCAAAAACAAUCACUUAUGAGCCUCAGGAAAGAGGGACAACCAGCCGCCCAGCACCUGCACUGCAGAACUCCACCGCAGAUCAGACUGCAUGGUUUUCCAAAAAGAUCCAGAGACAUAGAAACACCUUCUGGGGGCAGGUACAGGCUAAGAUGAGCUUGUGCAUUGCAGUAGGGUGGGAAGCUGGCUGAGAUUGAGAUAGUUGCUGUAUUUGUGAUGCACAAGUCCCGCUUCUCUACAUGAAACCUUGUGAAAGGAAU